AUGGGGUGUAAGCUUCUCAUGGACCCUUCUGGAAUGCCAAAGAUAUUUAGGAUGGUUAUGCGACUCAAGUGUUCCUCUUAUAACCAUGGGGUAUAUGGAAUAAUCAGGGUCUCUGGUUCAAACAUGGAUUCAAGUCGGAGAUCGGUUUAUCCUGUGCAUAGCACGGAAGUUGAUCAUUCUCCACCACCACCUCCUCCUCAUCAUCCUCCUCCAUCUCCCCCUCCUCACCAUCCUCUACCUCACUACGGCUUCCACUUGCCCAAGCCAGAAGAAGAGAAGGAUGUGAAGUCGAUUGGUGUACAGGGUGUGAUUUAUUGCAAAGCCGGAUCUAAGCUCGUGCCCCUUAAAGGAGCUGUGGCAAGGAUAACAUGCAAGGCAUUUGACAAGCAUGGAAGUGUGAGCGGUAGCUACACAAUGAUGAGUGACACAGACAAAUCUGGAUACUUCUUAGCAACGAUGUCAGUUGAGGAUGUCAAAGAAGUUGGAAACAUCACAGAGUGCAAGGGAUACCUUGACAUGUCUUCAAUGGAGUCAUGCAGCGUUCCCAGUAAUGUGAAUAAGGGGAUCAGUGGAUGCCCUCUUGCAGGCCCUCGCCUUCUCCAUAACAAGAUGCAAUUGUACACUGUGGGCCCAUUCGAGUACAUCCCGGUGUUGCCCCUUGGCGAUUGA